UCUCGAAUACGGAGUAGACUACUUUGUUGUUGGAAAAGGGGCUAGGCUAGCGAUGUUGAGUACUGGCGAUUAACUGAAAAAAAGUACCCGUAGUUGAAUUCCAAGUGAAACCCUAAGCUCCCGCGGAAACGAUCAUUCACCGGAUCUUGAGAUAUGGGAGGUCAUGGAGGUCUAAACAUCCUUCCACAGAAGAAGUGGAAUGUCUACAACUUCGACAACCGCGAGAAAGUUCGUAAAGAUGAGGAAGCCGCCGCCAGAGAUGAACAGCUCAAGCGCGACCAAUCUCGUAAGCGCGACUCCGAAUUCCGCCUUCUGCAGCUCCGCCGUGCUCGUGGCGUUGAUCCUCAUUCCGAAGCUGCUGAACCAUUGAAAUUGAAAUCAGAAUCAAAAUCGGAACCACCAGUUUGUGCAGAUGAACCCAAAUCGGAAUCGGAUUCGAAGCAUAUAAACUUGUUCGACGGAAUAAAGAUAUUGGAUCCAAUUGAGGUUGUAAAGAAGGUGAAGAAAGAAGACGAAGAAGGUAGUAAGAGGAAGAAGAUGAAGAAGGAGGAAGUGAGGGUGGUGGGGCCUGAGGAUGAGGUGUAUAGGCUUGGUUAUGGUGUUGCUGGGAAAGGGGUGAAGGCUCCCUGGUAUACGCUGAAGCCUGAUAAGGAGGUGGAGGAAAAAAGGAAGGCAAAAUCAGAGACAAAUGAUAAGAUGAUGAAGAAGACGAAGAAGACGGUGGAGGAGCUUAGGGAAGAACGACUCAAAAGAGAGAAGGCUGAGAAGGAGAGGGAGCGAGCCUUGCUAUUGAACAAAAGACCCUGUAAUGAUCACUAUCCAAGGGACCGAUUUAUGAGGCAACCGUGAUAUAUGUCCUGUGUUUCCUCAUCUAUGGCUUACUUUCAAGUGCUUGCUUCUGAGACCUCUUAUGGAUACAGUGGGGGAUUCCAAAUUUGUUGUUUCCAUUUCCCGUGUAUUUGCUGGAGAAUUGAGUUGGUUCUCUUCUUGCUUCGCGUAAGCUCACUCUGCUUGACCUGACACCAAACUGCUGAUCAGAUUAGAUAUUUGCUUCAACUAUUAUUGUAUUUCCAUUUCCCGUGUAUUCACUCUUGCUCAUCUCAUAUAAAUCGAAUGCUUAAACUUGUUCGCAUUGUUUUGUUUGGUGAUGUAUAUACUUACAAGUUGUAAACACGAUAGUGCAUUAUGUAA